CCCAGAGACAGACUACUUCGAUCUCCCACGAAAGCCACUCCUUUCUGGUUAUUGCUUCCUCUAAAACAUGAAGCAAAAAAUAGUUAUCAAGGUGCAAAUGACCUGUGAAAAAUGCAGAACCAAGGCCUUGAAGAUUGCCGCAAAAACAUAUGGUGCGAUCUCGGUGGCAAUAGAAGGGUCAGAUAAAGACCAGGUGGUGGUGAUUGGCGAAGGUGUUGACUCGGCUAAUUUGGCUUGCUCGCUAAGGAAGAAGUUUUGCUAUGCGGCAAUAUUGAAGGUGGAGGAAGUGAAGGAAAAGAAGGAAGAGAAGGAAAAGAAGGAAGAGAAGAAGCCACCGGAGCCGAAAUGUCCAACGUUCUCCAUGUGUCAUCAAUAUCCGCAAUUUCCUAUGUACUGUGAGCCCAUGUACUGUGAACCCGUCCGUGGUCCCUAUUCGAGUGACGGCGGCUGCUUCAUCAUGUGAUUCAUAUUUUCUUAUUAUUUGCAACCUUAGCCGAUUUAUAUAUAUAUGUGUGUGAUUUUUCUCUUUGUUAAUUUCUCUCAAGUUUUGUUGCUUUUAGUGUCACAGAUUAUUGUAAUAUUUUUUGGUCUCUUGGCCAAUGGCUGAAAUAAUUA